AUGAUGACGGACGCGGAUUUGUGUGAUAUCCCUCACAGUCCCUGUCAUUCCGGAGUGAUAAGGGACCCGCAAAUCUAGCCCCAGCACCAGAGCAAAGCAGCAGCUCUGGAGGGAGGAAAGCUUCCGCUUGCGGACAGGACAGAAGUCCCGCCUGCCCACGGCUUUCUGCCUGCGGCUCGUGACCGAGACACCUCGCCCGGUCCAGCUCGCUGCCCUCGCCGGCAGAUGGUGUGUGGCCGCCGCAGGACGCCCGCCGCGCCCCGGCCAUGAAGUAGCGGCUGCUGGCGGCGCCGCUGCCCGACCGCCGGCCCCAGCCUCGCGCUGCGCCGCCCGCCCCUCUCCCGGCGGGGCCAGAGCGGCGUGGACAUGGCUGGCCGUGCUCCCAGCCUGCUACUUCUGCUCCUUGUUUUCCAAAGCAGCUGUUUGGGUUUCAGAAGCCCACUUUCUGUCUUUAAGAGGUUUAAAGAAAAUACCAGAUCAUUUUCCAAUGAAUGUCUUGGUACCACCAGACCAGUAAUUCCUAUCGAUUCAUCAGAUUUUGCAUUAGAUAUUCGCAUGCCUGGGGUUACACCUAAGCAGUCUGAUACAUACUUCUGCAUGUCAGUGCGUUUGCCGAUGGAUGAGGAAGCCUUUGUGAUUGACUUCAAACCUCGUGCCAGCAUGGAUACUGUCCAUCAUAUGUUGCUUUUUGGAUGCAAUAUGCCUUCAUCCACCGGAAGUUACUGGUUUUGUGAUGAAGGAACCUGUGCAGAUAAAGCCAAUAUUCUAUACGCCUGGGCAAGAAAUGCUCCCCCCACCAGACUCCCCAAAGGUGUUGGAUUCAGAGUUGGAGGAGAGACUGGAAAUAAAUACUUUGUCCUGCAGGUACACUAUGGGGAUAUUAGUGCUUUUAGAG